AUGGCGGCGCUCGCCAAACUCGCGCAGCUCUCGCUCGUGAACAAAGUCACGAAGGAGCUCGAAAAUCACCUCGGGAUCGCCGAUAAGACGCUGAGCGAGUUCGUCAUCGCGCUCACGGACGAAAACGACACUCCGGUGACGUUUCGGAAGGCGCUUGGCGCGGUCGGCGCAGAAGUGGACGAUGCGUUCGCGGAAUCUUUGCUUGGGCUGAUUCAGCGGAUGCGGAAGAAGCCGAGCGGGACGGCGCGCGGGACAAAUGCGGCGACUGCGGGAAGCGCGGGGACGUCUGGAAGGUCGAGCGGCGACGCAAACUUUCCUGGACUUGCGGUGCGGGACGAUGAUUCGCACGCGAAGGCGUUGACGAGGGAAUUAUACGGGGACCGGGACGCGCUCGCAAACGCGGCGGACGACCCGAGCAAGAGCGAACGGGCGAACGAGAGGGAGGUUUCGCACUCGCUUGCGAGCGCGCAGACGAAGAGCGAUGAGAAGACGCGAGAUGGUGAGCCAAGUGUGGGUGGGGUGUACCGCGGAAGGGUGACAAAUGUGAUGGAUUUCGGAGCCUUUGUGGAGUUGGUGGAGUUCAAGCGCAAGGCGGAGGGCUUGGUGCACGUGAGCGCCAUUACCGAUCGACACCUGAAAAGCGCAAAGGACGGCGCGAGGCGAGGUGAGAGCGUGUUUGUCAAAGUUUUGAAUCGUAACGGAAACAAGAUAUCGCUGUCGAUGAAGGAUGUGGACCAAAUCUCGGGGAAGGAGACUGCGCGCGCCACGUUUGGCGGUAACAGAAGUAAUCCAGCGCCGAGGAAUUUACCGCCACCCGGGCCGUCAGCAGCAGGGGGAAUGGCGUCACUUAAAGGCCUUUCUGGCAUCGAUGCCAGCACUUUGGAUGAAGCAAACACAGCCUCGCGCAAACGACCUGCAAAGAGGCUGAGUUCGCCGGAGCUGUGGGAAGCUCGGCAGCUCAUCGCGAGCGGGGUGUUGAAGGUGCAAGACUAUCCGCAAUUCGAUCCGGAAAACGACGGCAUGCUAUCCUACGAAGAAGAAGCUGAAGAGGAAGUUGAAAUCGAGAUCAACGAAGACGAGGCGCCGUUCUUGCAGGGACAAACUGCGGCGAGCACGGGUGACGUUUCGCCGAUUAAAAUUGUCAAAAACCCAGAUGGUUCCAUGCAACGCGCCGCCAUGACGCAAGCCACGCUGGCGAAAGAGCGACGCGAGCUUCGCGAUCAGCAGCAGCGAGCAAAUACUGAGGCCGAGGGUCAAGUAGCGGCGCGUCCGUGGGAGGAUCCGAUGAGAAGACAGGGCGAUGCGUCGUUGACAGAGGAGGCUCGACAGUACGGCGGCAGUCGCGGAGGCCGCGAUAUGCCCGCUUGGAAGGCCAAGUCCAUGGGCCAAGGUCAAAGGAUGGGCCAGCCACAGACGAUGCCCAUUCAUCAAUUACGGCAGACGCUACCGAUUUAUAAACUGCGCGAUCAAUUGAUUCAAGCGGUGAAUGAAAAUCAGAUUUUAGUGGUGAUUGGCGAGACGGGUUCGGGGAAAACGACGCAGAUGACCCAAUACUUGGCCGAGGCUGGGUAUACGUCACGGGGUAGAAUAGGAUGCACGCAACCAAGGCGUGUGGCCGCAAUGUCCGUAGCCAAGCGUGUCGCCGAGGAGUACGGCUGUCGACUCGGUGAAGAGGUUGGUUACGCGAUUCGUUUCGAAGACUGCACGUCACAGGACACAGUUAUCAAGUACAUGACCGAUGGUAUGCUACUUCGCGAGGCUUUGUUGGAUGACUUGUUAUCGCAGUAUUGCGUCAUCAUGCUCGAUGAGGCACACGAAAGAACGAUCCACACGGACGUAUUGUUCGGAUUGCUGAAGAAGUGCUGCGCAAAGCGAAAAGACUUGAAAAUCAUCGUGACGUCAGCUACUUUGGACGCCGAAAAGUUUUCGACGUACUUUUUCGAUUGCCCCAUUUUCACCAUUCCUGGUCGAACGUUUCCUGUCGAAGUAUUGUAUACUAAAGCUCCCGAGAGCGACUAUCUUGAUGCCGCUUUGAUCACGGUGAUGCAAAUCCACCUCACAGAGCCCGAGGGCGACAUCUUACUGUUCCUCACGGGUCAAGAAGAGAUUGAUGCGGCUGCGGAGAUUCUAUUCGAUCGUAUGCGCGCAUUAGGUCCAGCGGUUCCAGAGUUACACGUCUUGCCGGUGUACUCUGCUCUUCCUAGCGAACAGCAGACGCGCAUUUUUGAGCCGGCGCCGCCCGGCAGUCGCAAGUGCGUCAUCGCGACAAACAUUGCCGAAGCCUCGCUCACUAUUGACGGCAUCUUCUACGUCGUCGAUCCCGGGUUUUCAAAACAAAAAGUGUACAAUCCUAAGAUUUCCAUGGACUCUCUCAUCGUGGCUCCGAUUUCACAGGCUUCAGCUCGACAGCGAGCCGGUCGCGCCGGUCGUACAGGUCCCGGCAAGUGUUAUAGAUUGUACACGGAAAGUGCGUUCAAGAACGAAAUGCUCCCGACAUCGGUGCCAGAAAUUCAAAGGACGAACCUGAGCAUGACGGUGCUGACGAUGAAAGCUAUGGGGAUCAACGACUUGAUUAAUUUUGAUUUCAUGGACCCGCCUCCACCGGCGACGCUCGUCACGGCUUUGGAGCAACUGUACAAUUUAGGCGCGUUAGAUGAGGAAGGCUUGCUCACUCGACUCGGGCGCAAGAUGGCAGAGUUUCCAUUGGAGCCGCCGAUGAGUAAGAUGCUCAUCGCGAGCGUUGAUCUCGGGUGUUCUGAGGAAAUUUUGACCAUCGUCGCCAUGCUGAGCGCUCAAAAUAUCUUCCACCGCCCGAAGGAAAAGCAAGCGCAGGCGGACGCGAAGAAGAACAAGUUUUUCCAAGCCGAAGGCGACCAUUUGACAUUGUUGUCGGUGUAUGAGGCGUGGAAGGCUCAAGGUUUCAGCGAACCUUGGUGUUACGAGAACUUUUUACAGGCGCGUUCGAUGAAGCGCGCGCAAGACGUCCGUAAACAACUUCUCACCAUCAUGGAUCGAUACAAGCUCGGCACCACGAGCGCUGGACGCAACUACAACAAAGUUCGCAAAGCCAUCUGCUCGGGUUUCUUCUUCCACGGCGCCAAGAAAGAUCCGCAGGAGGGUUACAAAACCAUCGUCGAGCAGACUCCGACGUACAUUCACCCCUCGAGCGCGCUCUUCCAACGUCAGCCCGACUGGGUCAUCUACCACGAGCUCGUGCUCACGACCAAGGAGUACAUGCGUGAAGUCUGCGCCAUCGACCCCAAAUGGCUCGUCGAGCUCGCUCCGCGCUUUUUCAAGCUCAGCGACCCUCGCCAUCUGAGCAAGCGCAAAAAGAGCGAGAAAAUCGAGCCCCUGUACGAUCGCUACAACGAUCCGAACGCGUGGCGAUUGAGCAAGCGUCGCGGCUGAUCCGCGCCCGCGCGA